AUGCAUUUCAUGUUGACGAAUCUGAAGGUUGUGUAUGUUCUGAGUACUCCCAUGCUCGAGGCUGUUGAGAAUGAAACUCUGGAACAAAUGAGGAUGCGGAUGAAGUGGGAGAACGACGACUACAUAUGUCGUGGUCACAUCUUAAAUGGUAUGUUUGAUUCCCUAUUUGAUGUGUAUCAAAACGUAGAGUCUGCUAAAGAGUUGCCUGUUAUGGAACAAUACAGCGAAUUGUUGAGGAUAUUGGGACAGUUUUCCCAAUAUGAUAUGAAAAUGGAUGAAUCCAUUUCUGUUUCUAGUAUUAUCGAUAAACUGCCAUCCUCCUGGAAGGAUUUUAUAAAUAAUCUGAAACAUAAGAAGGAGGAGUUGAAUCUGGUCGAACUUGGAAGUGACUUCCAAAUCGAACAGUCCAUACGUGAUAUGGAAAAAGGCUCUAUCGGUAAUGGUAAAACAAUGGUUGGUUCUUCUGUGAACAUGGUGGAAGAGGGUUCCUCCAAGGCUGGUAAAGAGAAACGAACAUUUCAAGGAAAAUGA